ACAUGGAUAGACCACCCUUAUUUAUUUAAAUCACUUUAAACGUAACCAUUCAUUAAACAUGCUCAGAUAAGGGAAUUCUUCGUAUUCUUUGAACUGCGGUUUAUUAAGCUGGGAUGUAGUCGAUGGGUAUCGCAAGCAGAACAAUAUCUUUUCAUAUGAUCGCCCCCGCGGAGAAGAUCAUUGGUAUCGACCGGCUCUUCACGCAGUAAAGAUGGCGCAAGCGUUAUCGGAGGAGGAGUUCCAUCGGAUGCAGGCCCAGCUUCUGGAGCUCAGGACCCAGAACUACCAGCUGUCUGAUGACUUGCGCAAGAACACAGCUGAGCUCAAUGCAUUCCGACAGAAGACCUCCACGCAAGAGAAGGAUCUAACCAAAGCACUGAAGGCUCUCAACAAGAGUAAGAAGGCUCAGGAGGUGGAUGCUCUGCUCUGUGAGAAUGAGAUGCUGCUGGGGAAGCUGCACAGCCAGGAGGAGGACUUCAGACUGCAGAACAGCACCCUUAUGCAAGAGCUCUCCAAGCUGUGUUCUCAGAUUGAAGAGCUAGAGCAGGAGAAUCAACAGUUAAGGGUGGGGCAGGGGGCGGGGCCAGUAGCAGUAAGCCCCGCCUCCAGUCCAGUAGAUGGGGAGCUGCUCCGCCUCCAAGCUGAAAACUCCGCCCUCCAGAAGAACAUGGAUGCCCUGCAGGAGCGCUAUGAGAGGGACGUCCAGGCAAGGAGAGGGGCCGAGGUGAACGGACUGAGGGUGUCCCACACAGACCACCCAGACGGACAGACGCACGCAGAGGGGGUCCCGGGACAGACAGACAACCAGGAGGAAGGAGAGAUCCCAGAGCAGAUUGAGCUGAAGUCUGCAAAACUGGAGCAGAGUCUCAAAAAGCUGAGCGAGAUAGAGUUGCAGCUGCAGACCGAGAGAGAGGAGAAGAGACUGCUGAAAGAACAGCUGCAGUCACUGGAGUCUGCCGCACACACUGAUUCAUCCAAACUUCAGGAAGAGAUCAACAAGCUGUCUGAGAAGCUGAAGAAAAAACAGGAAAGCUUUCUGCGUUUGCAAACUGAAAAGGAGACCUUAUACACUGACAGCAGGACUAAAAUCGAUGAGAUUCAGCAGAAGAAGGAAGAGGAGCUGAAGUCAGUAAAUAUCCGCAACCAGAAACUCCAAGCGGACCUGCAGGCAACCAAUCAGAUCAUCAGUGAAUUGAAAGAACAGCUCCAAACUAAGCAGAGGGAUCAUGAGAUGGCCCUACAGUCCCUCAAAGAACAGGUAGCGUGUCAGAGCGCAGAGAGUCAGGAGCAAGCGGAGAGCAUCCUCACUGAGAACGAUGCGCUCCGGACUAACCUAGCAGCUCUAGAACAGAUCCAGACUACAAAAACCCAGGAGAUGAGUCUCCUCCGAGACCAGAACAUGGCUUUGACUGUGGAGCUUCAGCAGCAUCGGGAAGAACAGGAGAACUACCUGGCCCAGAAAGACGAUCUCCACUCCCAGAUCCAGGAGGCGACUCGAGCAAGUGGCCGUUUACUGGAACAGUUGACAGAGCUGGGGCAAGAGAAGGAAAAAGUACAGCAAGAAUUGGAGGAAAUGUGCAAGACUGCAGACAAGCGCAAAGCCAUGCUGGAUGAGAUGGCGAUCGGGACGGCGCAGGAGAAGUCGAGACACAAAGAGGAGAUGAGCGACGUGAGGCUGCAGCACGAGAAAGAGGUGCUGAGCAUCCGGGCCAAAUACGAGAGGGAGCUGAGGGGACUGCACGAGGAGAAGCACAGGACUGAGGAGGAGAUCCGAGCACAGCUCCGAGAGGAGAGGGCGCGGAGCAGGGAGCUGGAGGGGCUGCAGCAGACAGUGGAGGAGCUGAAGCUGCAGAUCCAGUCCAUGGAGGGGACCAAGGGCUGGUUUGAGCGCAGACUCCAAGAGGCAGAGGAAACCAUCGAGAAGAAUUUACUGCAAAAGCAAGAAGAGAUCAGAAAUCUGCAUGAAGUGUACACUGCACAGCUACUGGUGAAGGAUGGUGAGAUAGAGAGAGCAAAACAGCAGAUGGGAGAGGUAGAGAAAGAGAGGGAUGAUCAAGUGACCACCAUCUCCAAUCUCAAGCAGGAAAUCAAGGACACUGUGGACGGACAGAGGAUCCUGGAGAAGAAGGGCAGUUCAGCGCUUAAAGAUCUUAAGAGACAGCUUCAUCUGGAGAGAAAGCGAGCUGACAAGCUACAGGAGAGACUGCAGGAGAUCUUAACCAACACCAAAGCCAGGACAGGUCUGGAGGAGUUUGUCCUGUCUGAAAUCAGCUCUCCCAGCCACACGCAGACAGGAGACAGCAGCAGCAUCUCCUCCUUCAGCUACCGGGAGAUGAUGAAGGAAGGAACUGCAGCACAGAGCAGCAGCAAGUCGAACACAGGCAGCCCCCAAUCUCAGCGCCCUGCAGAGCUGUCCGAUGAUGAGGUGGGGGAGCUGUUUCAGAGGCUGGCUGAAGUGCAGCAGGAGAAGUGGAUGCUUGAGGAGAAGGUGAAACAUCUGGAGGUGAGCUGUUCAUCAAUGGCGGAUGAUAUCUGCAACAAAAGCGCCAUCAUCGAGACGUACGUCAUGGACAGCAGAAUAGACGUGUCGGCGGCCGCUGCAGGGACCCACGCCGGCCACGCUGCCCACCCAGAACGAGGCAUUCUGGGAACCGUCCUGCGAGACCUGGUCAAGCCGGGCGACGAGAACCUGAGAGAGAUGAACAAGAAGCUGCAGAACAUGCUGGAGGAGCAGCUGACCAAGAACAUGCACCUGCAGAAGGAUCUCGAAGUCCUGUCUCAGGAAAUUGUCCGGUUGAGUAAGGAAUGUUCCUCCACUCGCGUCAGGGACCAAAAUCCAGACACGAGCGGCUAGAGGCAGCCUGAACCAAGCCACAGCUCCCCGUCUCUCGCCAUGCCUCCCCUCUGUUCCCUUGGUUACAGAACCCAACACAACAGAGGAGCUGCUUCGUCUGCGUUUGGACUGUACCACUCUACCAGAAGGGAGGGGGGUGGGGGAGACACCCAAUUUCCUGCUGAAUGUGUUUGUUGUAUAUCUUUCAUCUAUCUCUGGUAACAAAUUGAAAUUGUGCAGCCCAGCACGUGAUCGCCCAACUGGGCAUGCUCAGAAUUAAGUCCAGCUAACAACUUGCCUGCAGUUCUGUGAUCAAGGUAAAGAGGGCAGUGUUGUCAGUGUGGGAGAGGGAGGGGACGGAUUCAGUUAAUAAUGACUGGCUUGAGAUGAUCAAAAUUAUCAGCUUAUGAUAUCAUGUAUGAAAACUCCUGGAGAGAUCCACAAAACGCCUGCUGAUUUUAAUUAAAUAACACCAAUUAAGUAACUUGCCCUGUUGCCAUCAGUUCAUUACAGGGUGCUAUGGAACUUAAUCCACUUGGGUACCGUAAUGCUGUAUCAUUUUCUACGCUGUUGUAAUUCAUGUAUGAGAAAUCCUAUUAAGGCUGUGUUAGAUCUCCAGUACAUCUUGUGUGCCGGUGUUAUAAUGUGCGGUUUGUGGUGUUUUCCUCCCCACAGUGACGAUAAAGCUCCGUUUUCUAUGUGCCGAGCUUCAUAGACACCAUGAAAUUUCACUGCUUCGAUUAUGGUCGUGUCUAACUUGGCCGUCCUCAAAAUAGGACGCAGCAGUUAGUAGCCAAAAAUAAGAUUCCUUUUUUUUUCUGUGAAGAAAUAUUGAUUUAGAAUGUAUCAAAUGACAUAAACACAGCUUGCGUUCUGAAUGGAAUGUGGUACUUACCGGGUUACGAAGUGGAUGCAAAGGAUUGGAGCUACGUAAUGUGGGAAUAGACUCCUGAAAAUACUACCAGUGCUAGUUCCAUCCAAGUUGAAACAACUCCCCAAGUGAAAACCCAACCUUACAGAGCUUUUGCCAGUGAUCAAGUUCUGAAACGUACAGGCAAAAUAUUUUAAUGUGCAGAUGUCCAUUUGCGAUCGAUGCAGAAUGCUUGGGUGGGACAUUUCGUUCUUUAUUCUAGGCUUGGUGCUCCAGCGGUUAGAGAAAGGUGGUUCCUGGUUCAAUCCUGGCUCAGCCACUGCCUCACUGUCACUUCACCUCCUUGUGCUCCGUCCUUCGGAUGAGACGUAAAACAAACGAGCUCCUAUUGGAAGCCACUCUGCAGCAGCAGUUGAUGAUGCAUAGUUCCACCCCCCAAGUCUCUGCAAGUCGCUUUGGAUAAAAGCGUCUGCUAAAUGACUAAAUAAUAUUUAAUGGCUGCCAGGGCUGGUAUCACAUUGAAUGUCGAAACAAUUAUCCCUUAGAUGUCCCCAACCUCAGUCCUACUGCGUUUGUUCAUCUGCCUCAAUACCACUUUUGAAGGAAGCACAUGCAGUGUGAUUUCUAAAGAACACACUCUAUGAAAUAAACAUGAUUACUGGACAUGUUCAAAAUCGGAUUGGCCAUUGAACUGGACGUGGUCACUCAUCGAUUCUAUUUACCUACAGCUAUGGCCAAAGGGUUUACAUCAAUUAAGAUUGAGACAUAAUUAAAAAUAAAAAAAAAAGCAAGCAGGAAAAAAAAAAACUAUGUUAACAUAAUUGAGAUAUUUUAUUUAACAUCAUGUAAUCAAAGAAACUACAAAAUGAUAUUGCAAGCGUCUACCGGAAGCCAUAAUAGCAGUACAGUAGUAUUUCAUGUUAGAUUUUCAAAAUGUCACAUUUUUCGUUAACUAUAUGGGAAAACUACAAAGCGGUGUGGAAUUCAAUAUGUUAACAUUUACAUUAUUCAGCAGGUUUCAUUCGACUUUAUGAAGCAGAAUUAGUUAAUUUUAUAGCGUGAUGCAAAUUAUUUGGCUGUAGCUGUAUUGCUGUACAUGGGACCCUGUUUGAACACUGAAGUCCAUGUCUGUCCGUCGUGACUGUAUUUGUAAACCUGAACAAAAAGCAAAAAGACAUGUUUAAUACCCGUUAAUUUUUUCUGUGGUUAGUUAUCAGAAAAUGAACACUGACAAAAAUUGCUGGACCCUAAUCUAACGCUGCUCCAUUAACUAUUUCCUGCCCAGAUUUAUAUUUAAAUCUUUUAAAGUAAUUGUAGCUAAAUAUAUAUAGGUCUCAAAUGUGCAGUUUAAAAAAAACAGGUUUUUUAGCAAACAUGCAUUUUCAUUUUAAAACCCGAUAUCUGGAGCCGUGCUUUUCUGACCAUCUUGCCCUUCCUGUGGCUCCUUUCCUGUCGAUAACCAAUCAGCUGCUUCCACUAUUGACUGACAUGCUUUCACAGCCAGUGACACGACCCAGAAGACACUGCUGUCUGGGGUGACAAAAGAAGUAAAGCAGCAAGAGAUUUCCUGGAAGGCAAGACAAGCAAACUGAGAACUUCCUUUAGCGCAGUACCAGAUGUUGUUGUGUUUUAAAUGUGUUUCUUUCAAAACUGCACGUUUCAAACCUAUGUAGGUAUAGAAUUUUUUUUUUUAAUGAAUUUAUUAGCUACAAAUUUUCAGUUUAUUUUAUUAUUAUUAUUAUUAUUUUUAUUAUUUUU